AUGACCACCAACCACCCGCCCCGAGCCGACCCGGGUCCAGACGAAAUGGACCUCGAUCCCAGUCCAGCCAACACCGGCACCAUCAACGUCAAACCCACUCCCAAAACCCGCACCCUGACAACCGCAACCCUCAAGCACCCACCCUUUGCCUACGCCCACCUAACCCUCGUCAACCCUGCCCCCAACGGCAUCCCCAAUAACAACAACCUCCCAAUCCUCGACGCGCUCCAACUCCGCUUCUACCUGACCGCCGCCCUCCGACAAUUCCUGGGCGACACGGGCGCAGGCAUGAGCCUCGACAUCCUGCUGGUGCAGCCGCACUCGGCGUGGGUGCGUGUACCGAGGGAGGACCUGCCCGCUUUCGCGGCGGGCGUCACGGCGUUUUCGGGACUUCCGCUUGCAUCUUCGGCGUCGUCAUUGAGCGGGAGUAGUAGCAGUAGUGCGCAGGGAGGGAGGAUGGUGUUGCGGUUGGGGGCAUGUGGCGAUUGGUUGGGGAGUUUGAUCGGGCGGGAGGAGGAAGAAAAGCUAUGGGCUGAUUGA